AUGGCUGCUGACAUUUCUGAAUCCGGGGGGGGGGGGGGGCAUGAUUGCAAAGGAGACUCCAGGAGCAAUAUCAAGUUAGAUGCAGAUUACCCACUCCGGGUCCUUUACUGUGGAGUGUGUUCAUUACCAACAGAGUACUGUGAAUAUAUGCCUGAUGUUGCUAAAUGUAGACAGUGGUUAGAGAAGAAUUUUCCAAAUGAGUUUGCAAAACUUACAGUAGAAAAUUCACCCAAACAAGAAGCUGGAAUUAGUGAAGGUCAAGGACCAGCAGGAGAAGAGGAAGAGAAGAAAAAACCAAAAGAGAGGUGGAAGGGGUCAAAUUAG